AGUUCAGAGUUCUGUCAAACCCGCUCACACACACAGCCAAGAUGGCGGAUGCCGACGAUUGGGACGCUGACAACUUCGAGCUGGACGUCGCGCCGAUCAAAAAGGCGGUAGUGCUGGACAAAUGGGAAGGCGAAGACGAAGAUGAAGAUGUGAAGGAUAACUGGGAUGAUGAAGAGGAAGAGAAGAAAGCAGAGGCAAAGAAAUCAGAGGCCAAAGUGUCUGAGAAGAAAAAACUGGCUGAAAAAAUAAAGGAGAAAGAAAACCGGCUAAGGAAAAAGCAACAAGAGCUGAAAAAGAAUUUGGAUGAAGAGGAAGAGCUUACACCUGAACAACAGCUAGCAGAAAAGUUGAAAGUCCAGAAGAUGCAGGAGGAAGCAGACUUGGAGCUGGCAAAAGAGGCGUUUGGAAUUUCAGGGGGUAGUACCACAAACAAUGUUUCUGGAAUUGAAGCCAUGUGCCCGUCUUCUAAAGAGGACUUCACAGAGUUUGAAAAGCUCCUGAAAGUGAAGAUAUUACAGUAUGAAAAAUCUGUGCAUUAUUCAAGCUUCUUGGAGUCGUUGUUUCGAGAGCUUUGUAUUUCAUUGGAAGUUGACGACUUAAAGAAAAUCAGCUCUUCCCUGACAGUUCUACUUAAUGAAAAACAGAAGCAAGAAAAGGCAAUCAAAGGCAAAAAGAAGAAGAAAGGAGUUGUACUUGGUGGCGGUAUGAAAGCCAAGGGGAAAGAUGACCUUGCAGACUAUGGAGAAUUCGAUGGUGGCUACACCCAAGACUAUGAUGACUUCAUGUGACGACGGCUAUAUCCCCACUGCCCUUUCACCCUUUAACCCUCAGAAAUGCAGCUGUACUUCUCAUGCUAUCCAGUGUCAUCCUGGAAAAACCUGAACAAUGUGUCGCCCUUUCAUUUUGCUUCAAUGAUCCGAGGGACUAUACAGGGAGCAUCCAGUACCAACACUUCUGUUAUUACAUAAUGAAAUGGCCUUUUCUCUCAUUCAGCCUCCAAACUUCAUAAAGAUACAAAACACAGUGAAAAAUACUUUACAAGCUGUAUGUGAUUUGUAGAGCACGUUUUUGAUUUAGAGAAAUGAUAUGCUCAUGUCAAAUUCCAGUUGCUACUGCAGUGACAUCUAAAUAAAAUUAGAUUCUAUGCAAAUAAUUUCACCCAGAAUGUCUAUAAAUAUAGGUAUUUCACUUUACCUGUCGAUGGGUUUCUUACAGGAAAGUAUGUAGUAUCUAUAACGUUGGUUGCCAAAUACACAUGUUAUCUUUAUCCAUCG